AUGGAGGAGAUAGACUUUUUUGCUAAAUCAGAGCAAAGCCUGAUGCACGACUUCGGCAACUACCAUAAGGAUUUAUUGGUUAGUGUUAGUUUGGUAGGUUGCUUUUCAAUUCUUCUAGUGCUUUUCGGAAUUUUUUUUUAUAGAAGCUACAAAGAUUAUCAAAAGUACCUACGCAAUGAAAAAGGAUCACACAGAAAUGAUGAGGAAUUCUUACCAUUGAAUAAUGUAUCAAUACAAUCGCCAGCUCCAUGUAUGGUUAGACAAGUUGACACUAAUAGCUCAGAAAUAUCCCGGCAUAUAGUUCAGCAGCAAGGAAGAAAUUCAGAAAGCUUCUAUAAAGUCCAAAAUGGAGACUCUGAGCUAGUUGGAGCUACAACAGGGAAAAAAGGGUUAUGCUCUGAUAUUGAGCCUAGAAGUGAUACUAUAUCGAGCGCCAAUGCAUUCAAAGGAGCACAAGCUUUACUGAAGGCUACCUCUAAUAACCUACACAACAUUUUUAGGGGCCUCAGUUCUAUGAGCCAUUCUGCUGCAGAGCAUUUAAAUCAUAAAAAGGCUUCAAAAGAGUUGACAACUUCAAGCACAAUAACACUUCCAUCCUCUAUGCUCGGUUCUCCCUUGUGCACUCCAAUUAGAGUCGUCGAUAAAAUGGGGAAAACAGAUGGAAUUUCCAAUAUUCCAACAAAUAUUGCAGGUUUGGAGAUACGUUUUACUUCAUCAAACCAUCCAGACCAUUCAUCCAUAAAUGAUAACAAGUCUUCAAGAACAACAAGGUAUACAAUAAAGUACUUGAGCAGUCUAGGAUCAGAAGAAAAAAUGAACACAUUAAUCAAUAUGGCUAACGAAGGCACAACACUUCUUUCUUCCAUUAUGCUACCUAAUACACCAUUAAUGCCAAAUGCGGGAAGGAAAGAUAUUAUGGACGACUUGCAGGAUAUUAGUGACGAAUUCAAUCGGCACCGGGACGAGACAACACCAUUGUUAAUCCAAACUGUUCGCUUUUUGUCACAUUCACUAGGUAUGCAGAGAUAUCAGAAUCCAAGAAUCUUCACACAAAAUUAUGCCAAUGUGAUAAAACAAAUCAUAAAUCAAGGAUUAGUCAAAAAAGUCUCAGAUGUCUCGCCCAUACUUCAAAUACUUCUCUCUGAAACGAUUAUGAGGUACUGCAUGGCUUCUUGGAAAUUUUCAACAGCUGAACAUAAGGUUUUAGAUGUGAAAUUGGCCGAGUGGGAACUCGAACCAUCUGUUCCAAACAAGUUGGAAACUUGCAAAUUAAUAUUAAAGAUGCUCGAAUCUAAAGUGCUGACAAGCAGCUUCUUAGAUUUGUUAGAUAUAUUCUCUGUGCAGAAAGAUGAUGAAAUCAUUGCAUUCCUUGAAAGUCGCUUAAAGGAUUUCAAAAAUAUUUCUCUGGUCUAUGAAAAACUAAGUGCUAUCAUUCGUAAGAAAUCCUUGAAGAAAGUCACAAGUACACUUUCGUUAGCGAAAAAUAAAAGUGGGCAUAUUAAUGAUUCCCUACCUGGAUCAUUGUACAGGCGGCAGGGAAAGCAGAACAACGUAUAG